CAAAAGAGCUAUAUCAAUCCAUAGCCAAGCAAUCAUCUCCAUCAUCAAACAGUCUCUUUCCUUCUUAUAUUCUCCUCAUUUGUCCAGUGAAACAUGGCAUCAUCAAGGAAAAUUACAGUGGCGUUGUUGGCAAUUAUAAUGCUGCUUUCUUACAAUUUUUCAGAAGCCCAAGACUGUGUGAAUGAUUUGGAAAAUCUGGCUGCUUGCACCACUGCAAUAGGAGGGAACGGUACUGUUUCCACACCAUCAAACCAGUGCUGCACUGCCCUCAAAUCGACUAGUUCAGACUGCAUCUGUAAUGCAGUCAGAACAGUUACUGCUCUUCCUUCUAAAUGUGGCCUUCCAUCUAUUACAUGUCCUGGGAACUCGCUCCCAAAAUGAGAUAUAGACUAAAUGAAUGAUAGAUAUCUAUUAAGGAAGAGAAUAAACUCAAAGUGGUUGAGGUGUUAAGAGAGGUUUCGAAUAAACACUGUAACCCCAUAAUCUUUUGUAUGGGUAGAGCUUUAUAUUUACUUAUGAUAUAUAUGCUAUGCUAUAAAGUAGCUCUCAAGGAUUGAGCAUGGUCAUCAAUAAAAAUUAAGAUAAUUCAAUCCCUCGUAAUCCUUA